UCGAGACACAGUCAGAUAUCGAGAAGAAAUAAUGUGAAAAGUCGGAAAAUAUAAAUAAACUAGAAUAUUUAUUCAAAAUUUACCAUGGAAGGCGAGAAAAUUUUGAUGGCCGCAGGUGUAACAGUUGCAGCAGUUGUCGGUGCAUUUGUUUUCUGGGGUCCUUCGGGUUCGUCACGUUUACGACAGCGGCGAGGGCAAAUUGCUGGACUGCAUAACUUUGGUCAAACAUGCUUCUUAAAUACGUUGCUGCAGGCAUUGGCGGCCUGCCCUCAAUUUAUAGCAUGGCUUCAAUUAUAUAAUAACGCCACUUCCGAUCGAAAGAGCCUGAUAUCAUCACUUUUGAACACACUUGAAGUAAUAAAUGGAACACAUUCAACUUUGCGGGGUGACCCAUACUCGCCCGGAGCGGUUAUGCGUGCGCUUCAUGCUUUAGGUUGGGUAAUACCACAGGAGGAACAUGAUGCUCACGAAUUGUUUCAUGUGCUAUUAGCGUCUCUGGAAGAAGAGGCUUUGAGGCCAAAGAAAGUUGGUUGCCUCUCAGAUGCAUUACCAAUUACAGUUUCGGGUGGUGAAGGAGAUCAACCAGAUAGGCCAUCCAGUGCUAUGUUAACCGAUUUUUUAAAUACCGAUUACGAUGAAUCAACUAAUUUAAUGCGCAUGGUACGUUCUGAGGCUCAUACACCAGAUUCGCCAUCAUCAGUGUGCGAACGUGAAAUGUGUCCUGGUGAAGGAGGUGCAGCUGGUACAUCGCCAACAGAAAUAAUGGACUUUGAUCCAUUAGCAUCGCCAAUAUUGGGUGGCGAACGAGCCAGUCGUGCACGAAAACCCCAAUUAACGAAACAUGGGUGGCCAGAAGGUCUAAACAAACGAGUUUCCACAUCUUGUCGAUCAUUGGAGCGUCUUAGUCGUGGUCCCGGGAGAGUAUCUAUAUGGUCUGAUCAAAUGCCUGCUCAAGUAGCCAUACCCUUUCAAGGCGCUAUGGGUACACAAAUCGUGUGUAAUGGUUGCGGUUUCAAAUCCACUGUUCGUUAUGACAAAUUUGAUAGCAUCACGUUAAAUUUGCCAUCACAACGUCGUUCUGGUCUUAGUUUGGGACAUUUGCUGAGUGAAUAUAUAACAUCGGAGGAACUGAACGAUGUAAAAUGUGAAUCAUGCAACGAAACAUCUAACCAUACAAAAUCUUUGACAUUUGCCAAAUUGCCCGGUUGUCUUUGCAUACAUAUUGCUCGAACAGUAUGGCUGCCCACAGGACAAAUUUGCAAGCGUCAAGACUAUGUGCAUUUUCCUGAGAGUUUGUCAAUGGCACCAUAUAGUUUCGUACAGCCUCAUUUGAACAGCAAUGCGGGCACACCAUGGGGUUCCACCAUGUCUCUCUUCUCAUCGAGUCUACCCAUGAACAGUUUGGGCGGCAGCGCUCACGACUCGUAUGGAACUGCGUUUGGUACAAUGUUUCCCAAAAACCUCUACCGACUUUUAGCUGUGGUGGUACAUUCGGGUGAAGCGAGUAGUGGCCAUUUCGUUACUUAUCGUCGUGGUGCUUUAAGGAAUGCUCAUCGUUGGUUCUACACCUCAGAUACUGUUGUACGUGAAGUCUCAAUAGAGGAAGUGCUUAGUGUACCAGCUUAUUUACUAUUUUAUGACCGCGGUCCCCAGCGACGCUAAGUGGUGAUACUGAUUGGGUGGGUACAUACUUAUUUUGAUACCAUUGAUGUGAAGGUUAUAGUUUCUAAUGUUUCUAUUAGUUUAAGUUUAUUAUCCACUAGUGUAGAAGCUUAGGAAAUGCAAACAGAAACAAAUUUAACAGAUAACUCCAAUUGCCUGUGGCAUUAAAUGUUUACCUAUUCGAUGUAAUGGUACAAAAGGCUAUUUCAUUGUAACAAUUUUGGGAUCUCUGCUAAAUAUAUGUAUUUAUUUAUGUGUGUAAGUCACCUUCACCUUCA